GUGGUCACGUGAUCACAUGAGAUUGUGAGCUCCAUUUCUCACUGUACUCUGCUCUGGCAAUGUCGACAAGCCUACCUCUUAAAGUUGUUAGUUUUACUUUAAAUGAACGGAGAGUGGAGCUGAAUGAUCCUAGUCCUAAUACCAGUCUAAACGAGUGGAUACGGUCCCAGUAUAGGCUCUCUGGGACCAAGAGAAUGUGCGGUGAAGGAGGCUGCGGGUGUUGCGUAGUCUCUGCAACUAAGACGGACCUCUUGAGUAACGAGCAGGUUACUCUAGCCAUCAACUCUUGCUUGUGUCCUUUGUAUUCCAUUAAUGGUUGGUCUAUUACUACGGUUGAAGGAAUUGGCAGCUCUAAGAAAGGGUUUCAUCCUAUACAGAAAAGGAUUGCAGAGUACAAUGGAACCCAGUGUGGUUACUGCACCCCUGGCAUGGUCAUGAGCAUGUACAGUUUACUUCAAAAGAUUCCCGAACCAACAAAGCAGAUUGUUGAGGACAAUUUUGAUGGUAAUAUCUGUCGUUGUACAGGUUAUCGUCCAAUAUUGGAUGCAAUGAAAUCCUUUGCAGUUGAUUCAGAUGAACCAGUAGUCGUUGAUAUUGAAGAGUUUUCUCCAGUGAAAUGCUCCCCAUGUCCUCUCCUUAUUGUCUCUGAUGAUUGGUUCACACAGUCAAGGGCCCAGUCAGACCCUCACUGGUAUCAACCCACAGGACUCUCUGAAGCUUUUAGCAUUUAUAAAGCUAAUCUUAAUUCAACUGUCAAGCUUGUUAAUGGGAACACUGGGAAAGGUGUUUUUAAGGAAACAGGUGACAUUAAUGUUUAUAUUGAAUUAAAUUCUAUGAAGGAGCUUUACUUUAUGCAAGUACAUGACACUUAUAUUAGUAUUGGUGCUGGCAUAUCAAUUAAUGGACUUAUUGAUAUUUUGCUGAGCAAUAAGGACAAGUCAAUCAGUUUCAAGCCUCUAGCUGAUCAUCUUAAAAAAAUUGCUAAUGUUCCAGUCAGAAAUAUAGGCACUUGGGCUGGUAACUUGAUGCUCACUCAUAAUAAUGAUAACUUUCCUUCUGACGUAUUCACAAUUAUGAAAGCAGCUGGUGCUACUUUAUCAAUUGCUCAUGAUGGUGGCACUGGUGAAUAUCCUUUGUCCGAUUUCUUGAGUUUGGAUAUGACAGAGAGAAUAAUUGUGUCUAUACAGAUUCCUUACUGCAGCCCCAACACUGUAUUCACCACAUUAAAAAUAAUGCCUCGCUCACAGAAUGCUCAUGCUUAUGUUAAUGCUGCAUUCAGUAUGGAAGUUAAUCCUGACAAUAUGCUAGUUAAAUCUUUACCUUCAUUUGUAUUUGGAGGCAUCAAUGAACAUGCAAUAUCAGCUCCAAUAACUGAGUCAUUCAUGAUUGGUAAGUCAUUGAAGGAUCUCAAUACACUGAAGGGGGCCCUAAAGAACCUUUCUAAUGAGAUCAGACCUAAUGCCCCUCCUGUAUCAGCUAGUCCUGGGUAUAGGAAGAGCCUUGCUCUAAGCCUGUUUUAUAAGUUUUAUCUUGAGGCUCUUGGUAGUGCUAACAUUAAUCCACUCUACCAGUCAGGAGCUGUACCUUAUGUUCGUCCAGUGUCCCAAGGGUCCCAGUCAUACAGCACUGACUCCAGCAAGUAUCCUGUGAAUCAACCACUACCCAAACUGACUGCUACUCUACAGGCUUCAGGUGAGGCAGAGUAUACUACUGAUAUUCCACGUCGUCCUGGAGAACUGGCUGCAGCAUUUGUACUCACUACUCAAGGUAAUGCAAAGAUAUUAUCAAUGGAAACGUCUGAAGCAAUGGCAGUUGAAGGUGCAGUAGCAAUAGUGUCUGCUAAAGACAUUCCUCAAAAUGGAAAGAAUGAUUUUAUGCUUGGAAUAGCUGGUGACCCUGAGAUUGUAUUUGCUACUGAUGUAUCAGAAUAUGCUGGUCAAGCAGUUGGACUAGCACUGGCUGAUACUCAAGAGCAUGCACUGAAAAUGGCCAAAGCUGUAACUCUUACCUACCAGAGUCAGGGGAAGCAGAUACUCACCAUACAAGAUGCUAUUGAUGCUAAAUCCUUUUAUGAUAAAGAGCCAGAUAUUGUUGUUGGAGAUGCUGAUGGUUCUAUUAAAGGAUCAGAUCACGUUGUUACUGGUGACAUUUAUUGUGAUACACAGUAUCAUUUCACUAUGGAGACUCAAACUGCAUUUGUAAUACCUGAGGAUGAUGGUUAUACAGUCUACAGCUCAAACCAGUGGGCUCAGUUAGGACAAUUUGCUGUUGCUGGCAUACUUGGAAUACCAGAAAACAAGGUUACAGUAGUCAUUAAAAGAGUGGGCGGUGCUUACGGGUCUAAAAUCAGUCGUGCCUCUCAGGUAGCAGCUGCCUGUGCUUUAGGAUCAUAUGUCACUCAAAGGCCAGUGAGGCUACACAUGGAUCUUGAGUCUAACAUGAAAAUGGUUGGGAAGAGAUACCCUUACUAUGCCAAAUACACUGUUGGUUGUACUAAGGCUGGGGUUCUAAAUGGGAUUAAAAUUGACGUGUUCACUGAUGCUGGCUGCAGUAGCAAUGACUCCUACUUACCUUAUGCACUAAGGAACCUUGAUAACACUUACAACUGCUCUAAUUGGUCAAUAACACAGACUACCUGUAGAACACACACUCCCAGUAAUACUUAUACAAGGGCACCUGGGUAUCUGCCUGGUGUGUUCAUUAUUGAGUCACUAAUGGAUGAUGUAGCUACCAAGAUAGGCAUGGAUAUCGAGGAAUUCAAGCAUGCCAACUUUUACAAGAAAGGAGACAUUUCUCUUCUGUCAUUCCCACCAAAGGGACAGGCUUUAACAUACUGUAAUAUUGAUGACCUCUGGCAACAAAUGAUGAAGACUGCUGAUGUCCAGGCUAGAAAAGACAAAAUCUCAGACUUUAACAAAGCUAACAGAUGGAGGAAGAGAGGGUUGUCUGUGGUCCCAUUGAGAUAUGGUCUAGAAUGGAAUGGGACUAAUAGCACUGUAUUGGUUAGUGUGUAUUCUGGGGAUGGAUCAGUCUCUGUUGUACAUGGAGGAGUUGAGAUAGGACAAGGAAUUAACACUAAAGUUGCACAGGUCACUGCCAGUACUCUUGGUAUUCCAUUGAGCUCAGUUACUGUUGUACCUACUAAUACAUUCACAAGCCCCAACAACACUACAACUGGUGGCAGCGUUACCAGUGAGAUCAACUGUAAAGGUGCACUGUUGGCUUGCCAGUCAUUAAAGCAAAGACUUGAUAAAGUGAAGGAAGGAUUGAUAUCAGAUGAUGUGUCUGAUCCCACCUGGCUACAAAUAGUACAAAAGGCUUUCUCUAGUGGAAUAGACCUCUCAGAGAAACACUAUGAGUUUGCUACUAAUGACUUAUUUGCUGCCUAUAAUGCUUAUGGGACCACAGUAACUGAAGUAGAGCUUGAUGUACUGACAGGACAAACUGAAAUAUUAAGAGUUGAUCUCUUAUAUGAUUGUGGAGACAGUAUUAAUCCUGAGAUUGAUGUUGGGCAAGUUGAAGGUGCAUUUGUGAUGGGAUUGGGCUAUUUCUUAACUGAGAGAGUUGUCUAUGAUAAAGAUACAGGAGCACUGCUAACACAUAACACAUGGGAGUACAAGCCACCCACUACUAAAGAUAUUCCUAUUGAUUUCAGAGUUGAGCUGCUUAAAAAUGCACCAAAUCCUCUAGGAAUACUUGGCUCUAAAGCUGUUGGUGAGCCUCCAUUGCUAAUGAGCAGUGGUGUGUUGUUUGCUCUUAAAAGAGCUGUAGAGAGUGCUAGACGUGAUGCUGGUAAUAGUGAUCCUUUUAUUUUAAAUGCUCCAGCUACUGUAGAAGCAACACAGCAAGCUUGUCUUGUCGAUCCAUUGAAAUUUGAUUUUUAACAUAAUAUAAUAUCUAUGAUUUUAUUGUUUUUAUUAAACCCAGCAUUGAUGUCACGUGUUUGCAGUA